GCUUGUGCGUGGAUCCGCCACCUCCUGCCCGAUGCGGGCAUUUCUGAAUCCCUUUAAUGCAACGAUGUCACAUUCGAGGAGGGCGUAGUCUACAUGGCCAGAAGGGGAUGUUCAACGAUCGUGAUCGCCCGGGCGUGUCGUCCGAUACGUGCGUCCCCUUCGUAUCGAACUGCAGAAAAUGGCAAUGGCCCUCUCGAUACGAGCUGUUUGCCCUUGCAUACACACGAUACUAACCCUGAAACCAUGAAACCAUGUGCAUGUCCGGAUCGGGAUAACACCACCAUAACGCAAUAUGCAUGUUCCGUAUUCGAGCCGGUACUCCAAGGGCUGUGUUUCGCUACUUGGAGUAGUUUGUCGCCUAGUUGAACGCUAGCUCGAAUAAUAGCUCCGAUGAUUACUGAUGCUGCUCCGUACAUAGUGGGGGCGGGACCCCACUCUGUAUACCAUUUUAGGUGGUAGUUAUACAUUCCAUAUUACCGCUGGCUA